UAGCAAAUUUAAGCUGUAUUGCAUGAGUGCCAAAGUGCUCACAAGAUCGUUUCCGUAGGAGAGGUGGCGUUUAGUUCACCUCUCCUGUGGAUGCGGUGUGGUACGCACGUUCGAACCACUUCCAGCUUCAGUCUAGCUGAGAGAUUCGUGGUGGUUGGUCAUAGCUCUGGCUGUAUGCUUUGACUGUGACUGGAUCCUUGCGUACCAAAAAUAAUCGACAGAUCUGUCUUCGCUUGGAUAUCUACAUAUUACAGAUUCAAGAUGGCGGUUUUGAAGCUCGAGUGGUCGGAGCACAAGACGCUUGCUUGCGAAGCUAUUACACAGGCCUAUCGCCGUGGCUUGUACACAGACGUAAACCUCUCGGUUGAAGGUCGGACUAUCAAGUGCCACCGCAUGAUCUUGGCUCAUCACUCGACCUACUUCAGGGGAAUUUUCUCCCAAAAAGACACUCGCGAUGCACCUCUCAUAGUAUUGAUGGGCUCCCCUUUUGAAGUGGUCGCUUCACUUGUAUCAUUCAUCUAUUGCGGCAGCGUCACAAUUUGUAGAUCUCAGCUACUAGAACUCAGGCUACUUGCUGAAAGAUUAGGAGUAACCUGCUUGCUUAAUCUAGGAGAGCCACCACUGACACAAGUACCUCUGUGCUCACCCACUAGCAUCAUAAACGCAGCCGAAGCCCUUCAAGAGAUGAAGCACGGUGCUCGCAUCAAACACGACGCUUCAGGCAACCAGCUCGCAUAUAUCAACCAGACAACUCGUGCCAACCAAGCGGCUCUGAUCAACCAUUCGGCAUUUGAUAACCACGGUGCUCGUGUUAACUUUGGAUUAGAUGUUCCCCAAGACUUCCCUAAUGGGUAUCACACCGCUCCUCGUCACCCCGAGAGGGAAUUAUCUGCUGGACAGCCCAGUGAAGGAACACGACCACCAUCUAUGGCCGAGGACCCGAUGGACAUGGAUACUAAACAUCGUCGUUAUCGAGCUGCCGGAUGCAAUAACUCCCCUCCGGGUUCUAUCCGAAGCCCACUUCUACAUACUCAUUUCUUGUCUACUGGAUCGAAAAAACGGAGAUUGUCAUCUGAUACUGAAACGUACUCGGAUGAAAGGAAUGCUUCACCCAGCACUUCCGGACUGCCUGAUGUAUACAUCCGAGAUGAUGAGGAAGAGGGCGAAAGCGAGGAUUCAGAUGGGGAACUCCUUAUUGACGAAGGACCGGAAGAACUAAAAUGCGAAGAUCCAUCAUAUAAUAACAACUCAGAGGAGCCUCAAGACCUUCGUGUUGAGCCACGCGUAUCUUCACUUCCAAUUUACCCUACUUCGAUAUCCGUAGCUGCAGUCAACAGCUUCAUUCAGUCGACUGCUGAUUCGAAAUCAAAAUACCUUGUGCCAAUUUCAUCCGAAAAUCCUUCCGUACGACGACUUUAUACUUCUUCCGGCAUUCAUGACGUCACAAUCCAGCCCGCCUCCUCGCGAAGCACUCCGUCGACUCCUGGCUUGCUGAUGGAUAGGAAAGUGGCUGGUCAUAACAAUGACGCUUCGAUGCUUGAAGUGAACGGGUCUAGUCCUAGAGGUUCUCCUAACUCGGCAAAUGGCAUUAGAAGCGGCAAAGCACCUGAAAAGACAUACUCUUUGGAACAACUGAACACUGCUAUAAACGCUGUCAUAUUCGAGAAAGCCCAGCCCGUUGAAGCUAUCAACAAGUAUAAUAUUCCUCGACGAACAUUUUUUCGGCAUUUGAAAAAUAAACGUAAUGAAUUAGGCAUUGAACCCAAAAGUCGUUCAAAGCCUUCAUCAAGGUCGGGUAGCCCAAGCAGGAACGUAAGUUCGUCUACAUCGGCCGCUGCUGCAUCCACGUUUAACUUGAACUCCAUCCCUACGAGCGGAACACAUCUUCACGCUAUGCUAAAAAGUAUAACGUCAGCCAGCAAUAAAAUGUCCGAAGCUACUGCUGAAACGAAGAAGAGGUUUAAGGUUGAAAUGAGAAUGCCAGAGACGGAAUCGAGGAGUGGAGAAGAAUCUGAUUCAGGGGCCUCUGGGUCAGAUACGAGUGAUUUGAUUGCUUCCAGCUUGCAGGUGCAAGUUAAGGAAGAGAGUGGCGAUGUUGAAAUCUCGUAGUUAAUUGGCAUUAAGUCGAUGAAACUUCAAGAUCGGUGUUAAUUAUUGGAACGAAGGGCCUGAUGAAAAUUGACUAAUUGAUUCGAUGAAGAACUGUGUAAAGUAAAGGUUGGUGUUGGAUGCGCAGCUACGGCGUGAAAGUGACUGAUGAUCGGUUGGAAUUGUAAUCCUCGUCUUAUUAGAAAAUCCCUUACGAGCAUGAAACGAAAUCGAAGAACGUGGCACUUAGCGAGCGGGAGUGCAUUGAUUGUAUAGAAUGUUUGAAGGUUAGUGUCUUUGCCAAGAUUUGCUUACUAUUUUCGAUCUCAUCGCUAGUGUAGUUAUUGUGAGCCGGAGCGUCGCCGGCAGUUUCAAUGUUAGUGUUUAAGCUGUUACUAUAAUCAGCAUUGAUUGUUGCUCAAACAAGAUCAUGACAGCCACCGUGAAAAGAUGGCGUGAUAGGUUUUCAUUAUUAAUGAUAUGGUUCAAACAUUUUGGCGAGUCAUUCUGUUACUUAAUUCGUUGAAGUGUCACGAUUGUGGUCAACUUAGUAGACUGGCUGUGUGAUUUUUUAUCGGCUAUAAACUUGAACGAAAAUUUACUGGUCUCCCUGAUUUUUGCGUUCUCUUGUUUUGUUCAAGUUAAUGCCUUUGUUAGUGUUACUAAUAAUACAUAUCAUAACGUGACAAAAACCUUAAUGUCUUGCAGUCGAAUGAGUGUAGACAUAUAUCGACGUUGUCGAAUGUUAUUAUUCAAGAUAUGCCAGUGCUUGUCACGAUUACUCAUGUGGGUAUUAUUAAUGUUACAAAUUGAAACUAAGUGGCAUUGUUAUUAAGAGUACAAUUUUCUGUCUUAGCGAUAUUUUGCUUGCUCUCUAAGAUCUUCCUUAUUGCGUUUAAUUCAAUGACAUCGAGUCAUCUCGACAUAUAUCAUAAACGAAUUAUUUCUCUUCUGUAAGUAAUACGUCUCGGCUCGAUUCCUUGUCCAAAGUAUUGUUUUACUAUAGAUCCUUCUGUGUUAGUGAUAGAAUAUAUAUGGACUAGUCGUCUAUAGAGUACACGAGGUUACGUACAUGCUCGUGUAAUGACAAAAACUGCCUACUCCAAUGCUGACGUUGAUUUCUCGUUCGUUUGUUAUGUUCUUUUUUGAUUGUAUUUUGUUUUUCAAUUAGAUUCUCAAAACGCUCGUGUGCCAGCGAUUCUCAAUUCAAUAAUUUUAGGAAUACUUGAGGCUCGCAAUUGACAGGUAAAGGCAUAAAGUAUCGAUAAAAACGAUGCUAAAAUUUUACGCUGUAGGUGAUAGUUGAUGAAAUAAAUAAAUUGUAAUUACCUAUGUAAUUUUGUACAAACUGUGUUUUCACAAACUUAUUAUUGAAUAAAUGGUCAAAAUUUA